AUGGCUUUCUCCAAGGACCAGAUGGCGGGCUUCGAAUUCGACUACUCUGGUCUCGACAUGGUCGGAACCUCAGACCCCUCGGUCGAUAGCCAGCGACAAACCGCGCGGCUAAGAGAGCUCGAAAAUUGCAACGAGGAUCUAGCUCGUCGCAACGCCGAAUUUAUGGCCAUGUUCGAAGGCUUCAAGGAGGACAUGGAGUUUAUGAAAGAAAGCAUGCAAACAGCUCGGGAAGAACUGCAAUCGGUCCGCAACCACAACGCCCGGCUGCAAGGCGAAAUGUCCAGCCUAACCAAGCGGAAGCGUACGGCCGCUCGAACCAAAGCUAGCGACCUGGAAAUCGCCCAGGCUGCUGAGAUUGAGAAGCUGAAGAAGCAGCUAACACAGAGCAAACCUGAAUACCUCGUCGUUACACCAUCAGACACGGGUAGCGCGACGAGUUCUGGGGAAUUAACGAAUGUCUUUAGUGACGCCAGCGCUUCGGGUCACUUGAGCCACUGCAGUAUGGAUAAUUCCAGGGCGGCAAAGAGACGCCAUAUGGAGGAAUCGCAGAACUGGAACGACCAACCCGAGAUGUUCCAGUUUAACGCGGGACAGCCCAACUGUCAGAAUGCUUAUCUUGGCCCAGUCGUCCAGAGCGACCAAUCUCAGCAGCAUUUGUUACCAGCACAUGGGCAAUCCUUCGGCAGGGUAACGCAGGGACAGGACAAUUCAAACUACCAGAUGUCCUACGGCCAGGAGCACAUGUACGGGCAAGGCAACCAGAUGCCCUGGGGAAAUGCAUUCUCCAUGAAUCCUCAGCUUCAACAUCAGCAGGAACAUGGCAUGCCUUCGUACCCGAAACCUCCUCAGGGGCUUCGCUGGAGUUUCUAGGCGAUGGGAGUCCAUCUUUGCCUUUUCUCUUAUCGAGCUCUCUGCUGGUUCUGGUUUACCUAUUGGCUAU